CACAGAUAACAGUACAUACAAGCAAGCGUCGUCAGGCAGGCCGGGUCAAUAUCAAUAGGGCAGAGAGACAGACCUAUGUGUAUUAGGGACAGAGUUAGGGCCACAGAGACUUUAGGGCCACAGAAUCGUUACUCAGGGACACAGAAUCGUUACUCAGGGACACAGAAUCGUUACUCAGGGACACAGAAUUGUUACUCAGGGACACAGAAUCGUUACUCAGGGACACAGAAUCGUUACUCAGGGACAGACACAGAAUUGUUACUCAGGGACACAGAAUUGUUACUCAGGGACACAGAAUCGUUACUCAGGGACACAGAAUCGUUAACUCAGGGACACAGAAUUGUUUCAGGGACACUCAGGGACAGACACAGAAUUGUUACUCAG